UGUGUGUGUGUGUGUGUGUGUGUGUGUGUGUGUGUGUGUGUGUGUGUGUGUGUGUGUGUGUGAGAGAGAGAGAAUGUUUGAUUGCCUUGCUGAAUAAGUAGUGAGAUGUUGUUUCAAUUAACAUUUCAUUUUUGCAUUUACAUCGCCAUUGAAUCCUUAAUUUAAAUGCGUUGCUCUAUGUAGGCUAAGCAGCUAUGUUUCUGCAUCUCGUGCAGAGGAUGCAGAAUUCGUCUUCAUACGACAUUUUCUCGCGGAUGAAUGAAUCAUCCGCCUGCACUCACAGAGCCAGCGCACCGGCAGAGCGCGUCUUUACGCAUAGCGCGUCAGUGGCUGAGAAACCACGCAUGCCAUAGCGGUUAAGACGCACUUUAGUAUUGAACCGGUCUAAACGAGUCCCCCGCGACAUAUGCAGCUGAUUCUCAUCUAAACAACUUUGAUAGUUGCAGAACAUAUUCCUCGAGUGCGCGGACUCCAAAGGCACUCUGCGUUUGAUCUGGUUUUCCCAGGGCUUUUGGAUUCCGUUUGGAGGGGCUUUCCGAGGUGCUGAAAGAUGAAUCAGAGCGCAGGGGCAGGAGCGGGUCACACACGGCGGUUCUCCGCCGAUGAGAAGGACAUAGACCUUGGACUGGAUAGGAACUGGAAGGGGAUUGGCAUCUCCCUCCUUGUGAUUGUGCUGGUGUUGUCUGUCAUUGGGCUCUCCAUUGUUCUCCUAUCCAAAGAUGAUGGUUCCAAAUCAGUUGGCUCCCAGCUGACCCUUGAUGACCUUUUCAACAGACACUUUCAGGUCCAUGAUCCGGAUGCAAAGUGGAUCAGUGAUGAGGAGUUCAUCUUUCAGAGCUGGGACGGCAGCGUAUAUAAAGCCAAUGCCCAACACAACCAAACCCAACUCCUCCUGAAGAACACAACUUUUGCUACGUUCAAGGCUUCCCAGUUUGCCCUUUCUCCAGACCUCAACUAUGUUCUCCUCGGUUAUGAUGUACAACAGGUGUUCCAGCACUCCUUCCUGGCGUCGUAUCUGAUCUACAACCUCCACACCAGGGAGGUGCGGGAGUUGAACCCGCCAGAGGUGAGCGACUCUGUCCUGCAGUUUGCAUCCUGGGGAGUGCGAGACCAACAGCUGGUUUACAUAUUUGAAAACAACAUUUACUACCAAGCGGACGUCCAGAGCAGUUCUUGGAGACUGACGUCCUCUGGACAGGAAGGGGCUGUCUUCAACGGCAUCUCUGAUUGGCUGUAUGAAGAGCAAGUUAUCCACACCCAGGUGGCUCACUGGUGGUCCCCUGAUGGCUCUUGGCUGGCCUACCUCUCCAUCAACGACAGCCUGGUGCCUACCAUGCUUUUGCCCCACUUCACUGAAGGCCGAUACCCCAAGGGGAAGAAGUACCCCUAUCCCAAGAUGGGGCAGAUUAACCCAACUGUCAAACUCUACGUCAUCGCUCUGGAAGGAGGGGCUCAGACCGCCCAGCUGCGACCGCCCCACAGUUUUGAGGAAAGAGAGCACUACAUCACCAUGGUGACCUGGCUCACGCGACAGCAAGUGGCCGUGCGCUGGGUAAACCGAGCGCAGAACACGUCGAUCCUGACUCUGUGUGAUGUCAUCACAGCACACUGCGUCAAGAAACACGUGAUGACAUCUGAGAAGUGGAUUGAUCGCCAGAACGAAGAGCCAGUUUUUUCCAAGGAUGGCACGGUGUACUUCAUCACCCUCCCUCUAAAAAAUAGCGGAGGAGGAGCCUUCAACCACAUCGCCAUGAUAACAAACCAGUCCGAGGAUCAGGAGGUCAACGUUCGUCACCUGACCUCGGGAGGCUGGGAAGUCUCUCAGGUCUUAGCAUUCGACGAGCACACAGACUCACUGUAUUUCCUGAGCACAGAGGAUGGGUCUGCACAAAGACAGCUCUACAAGGUUUCCACUGUGAGUCCGUUUCAGAGGUCCUGCCUAAGCUGCUCUCUCUCCAAAGUCCGGUGCACCCACUUCCAUGCUCGCCUCAGCCCUCGCUGCCAACAUGUCCUGCUGGACUGCCGAGGUCCUGGUAUCCCAAGCACCACUGUUCACCAGCUCUCUGAUAUGACUGGGAACAUCAGUGUGGAGAGCAACGUGGUUUUAGCAGAGGCACUGCAGUGUCGGACUCUGCCCAAGAGGAACAGGGGAAUCGUGCAUAUCAACCACUUUGCACUCCACAUGGAAUUAUCUCUCCCAGCAGCUUUGGAUGAAACAAUACCACACCCACUCUUAUUGAUUCUUAACAGCGCGCCUGUCGAGCAGUUGGUGAGCGACCGCUUCCUUCUGGACUGGGACUCGGUGCUGGUGAGCUCGGACAACGUUGUUGUGGCCCGUCUGGACGGGCGGGGCAGUGGCUUCCAGGGCCAGAGGGUCCUCCAUGAGCUGCACCAGCGCCUGGGGACCGUGGACGUCCAGGACCAGAUCUCAGCAGUAGAGUACCUCUUUCAACUGCCCUACAUCGACCGGAACAGAGUAGGAGUCUACGGCAAGGCCUACGGGGGCUUCCUGAGCACGGCACUACUCCUCUCCAACCAAUCUCCCUUCAGAUGUGCGGCCUCCGUCUCGCCGGUCAUCAACUGGAGACUUUACGGUUCGUUCUUCACGGAGCGGUACUUUGGCUUCCCAGCUAAAGAGGAAAGCCAAUACCAGAUCUCCAGUCUGCUCUCCAAUAUCACAACACCAAACCACAACAUGCUGCUCAUCCUCCACCCAACCGCAGAUGCGACUGUUCACUUUCAGCAUUCUGCAGAGCUGGUGAAGCUGAUGUCUUCUGCCAACCUGAACUACACACUGCAGAUCUUUCCGGAUGAAGGCCAUGUGAUCGCAUCGGAUGCGGGCCGGCGCUACAUGGUCAGCUCACUGAUGAGCUUCUUCAGGAAGUGCUUCGAGGAGGGAGAGGGAUUUCCCGCCCAGCUGAAAAACUAGGAGGAAGGCUAAUUGGAAUAUUGAGAUCCUCCUUGUGGUGGUAAAGUUCUGGCUUGCUGGAGUCCGCCAAUAAAAUAUGAGUAAAAAAAACAUAGGCUGGAGAGUAGAGGAAAACAAAUAUGUUUGCGUCAUUAGGUUUGAGGUCAAAGGAUGUGUUGAUAUCAUGAUUUCCCCGUGUAGGAAUUAGUGAAUCAGGGAUUAGCGACACAGAAUUGGCGCAUGUACACGGUCGUGCUGGUUUGCAGAAUAAAAUGAAAUAAUAUUUAUAGUUAAUAUAUUAUAGUAUAACAUAUUUAAGCAAUAUCACAUGAGAGGGAGCAAUGUUGUUGCCCUAUUUCAGCGCUGCUGUGAUUCGGCCGUAGGUACGAUGCCGCAGGCCGAGUGCCAGACGCGCCGGAGGCAAUCACAGCAGCGCUUAUAUAGAGCGACAACAUUGCAAGCUUGAGUGUGAUAUUGCUUUUACACAACAGUUAUGCUAGUAAAAUGUACUGUUAACAAUAAUAAUUGACAAUAGAUUGUGAUUUUUUUGUUUAUUUAAUCAUAUAAACGAAUGAAAUUGCUUCAGCCAACAAAAAUAGAUCCCCACUGAGCGGACUGUUGCCAAGCAACAUAUAAACAAAACACCAAGCAGUUUAAAGCCCACACCGUUUGCCUUACGGUGUUGGCUUCAUUUUUGCUCCUCUCCAACCUGUCAAGCUCAGACGCUGACUUCAGGGCACAUCUGGAGUCUCGAUUGUGCAUCAAAUCAAAUGUUAUAUUUGGGAAUAUAUCCAUCUUUAGGCUGCGGCGCUAAGCUGCUUCAGGUUCGGUCCAAGGUAACAGUUUAUCUCAGUUAAAGUAAGUUGGUUACAGCUGGAAUGUGGAGGGAUUUUGACUGUUGGUUUACAGUUCGGCGAACAGUCCGAGUGAUUUUGGAAGCUCAUAUCAGCGCUCCUGCAGAGCUCAUUGGAUGUCUCUUGUCCAAUCAAAUUACUCGCUCAGAACCACUUUUGUAUAAUAUGUUAUAUCUUAGAUUAGUCUUCUAGGUUUGGGAGUUUCAACCUGAUCUCACAGGAAUCCGUGAAAUGACCACGGACGCCUAACUCGUAGAAUCCUCAUGGAAACGCGCCAAUUUUCGUGAUAUGGCCACGGAUUUUGCUCCAAUGCAAGUUGAUGACACUCAUAUUCCGUGGCACACAGAAUAUGUGAAUAUUAAUUGAAACAGAUCCCUGUUUCAAUGAACGAGUCAACCACGGGCGCUUACCUCAAAAUCCGUGGUGGCCUCACGGGAUCACUUAAAUUGUCCGUGAUAUGCCAACGGAAUUGCUCCAAUGCAAGUUAAUGAAACUCAUAUUCCGUGGCACACACACACAGAUCCCCAUCUCAACGGCCGAGUCGAUGCGUGCGAGAAUAGGGAUAUAGAGCCAUACCGUCAUUAUGAAUUUCAUUCAUUUCCGAGAGGAUGGUCA